AUGGAGUCAGACUCAGCUUUACACGCUGAUGCGCCUGAUGGCGCGGAAGUGUUGCCUUUGGAAGAGAAUGAGGCUGUUGAUACCGCUGAAACCGGUGAAAACAAUGUUUCAAGUCAGGACGACGUCGAAGAAGCAGCACCCGCUGAACCAUCAGCCACAAAUGGGGGUCCUACGAGUAGCAGCGAUUCCAUGGACGCAGAUGCCUCUGUUCAGCAGGCAGAGGAAGAAAAUGCUGCUGAAGAAGCAAACCCUGAGGCAGAAGAGCAAAUGGAUUUAGACGACACAACAACUGGCACUGUUGCUGAUGCAUCUGCAUAUAUUGGAGACAACUGCUUGUCUACACCGGAUACUGAGAGCCUACUAGAGCCUAUGGUAAAGGAGGAGUCUGGAACUGAUGAAGCUGAAGGUUUAGCUGGUACUGCAGAGGAGUCACCUGACCAGUCCAUAAGUUCAGCUAUGCCUACUGAUAGUGGUGUUGGUGAUGAUCCUACUGAUGGAGCACCUUUAGUACAAGAUGAUGAAUCAAGUACAAUGGAUGAAGACAUGGGUGGUGGUGAAGGUGUUGCAAGUAGUGAUGAUGUCAAUGAUAUCAGCAGUGCAGCUCAAGAGGUCCUUAGCACUGGGAUUAGUUCAAGUACGGCAGAAGGUGGAGCCGACAUUUCAAGUAGUGGCCAAUCUGAGACUCCUCUUAUAUCUUCAACAGCUAAUGGUCCAGCAGUAUUACACUCCUUUUCUAUGCCACAAGAGCAACAGCCAAAUGAAUUUAGCGAUGCUGAUACAUCAGAGAUGGAGGGUGCAGCAGAUACAAUGCCAAUUGUUAGUGAAUCAAUGCCUUUACUAGCUAUGAAUGCAAACGGUUCUGCAUUACUUUCUCCUACUUUGAUGCCAGCAGACCUGGCGCCCCUGGCGGGGGAGGAAAGCGGCGCGGGCGUGUCGUCGUCCGUGGCGGCCAGGGGCGCGCCACCGGCGCCGGGUGGCGGCGCGGAGGGCGAGGGUGCCGUGAGCAGCUCGGUGGCCGCCCCCAACGGCGCGCCGCCGCUGCCGCCCGCGGACGCCGCGCACGCGCUCGCUACGCUGGCAAGUGCCGCGCUGCACCACCAGCACGAACAGAGUGAGCCAGAUGAGCCAAAACCCCAUGAUGAGGAUGCAUGGUACACUGUUGGUAUUGUGAAAGGAAACUCAUUUACAGUGCAGAACUACAUUUCUGAUCCCAAUGUAGAUCUAUCUAAUUUAUCGUUGGACAACUUGCCGGAUCUGUCUAGCUUGGCUACAACGCCCCUUGAACACGGCACAGCAUACAAGUUCAGGAUCGCUGCGAUCAAUUCUUGUGGUCGCGGAGAGUUUAGUGAAGAAUCUGCAUUUAAAACCUGUCUGCCAGGAUUCCCUGGUGCUCCUUCAGCGAUAAAGAUAUCAAAGUCUAUAGAAGGUGCACAUUUAUCGUGGGAGCCGCCGCAAGUAGCUGCAGAAGGCAUAUUCGAGUAUUCAGUUUAUCUAGCUGUAAGGUCAAAUUCACAAUCAAAGGAGGCACCUAAAUCCCAGUUAGCGUUUGUCCGCGUGUACUGCGGCAAGGCGAACACGUGCGUGGUGCCACAGAACUCGCUGACGGCUGCGCACGUGGACUCUUCCACGAAGCCCGCCAUUAUAUUCCGAAUCGCGGCACGGAAUGAAAAGGGAUACGGACCUGCCACUCAAGUCAGGUGGUUGCAAGAUAUUAAAUCAACUGGAGUGAAGAGGCCCGGCGAUGGCAGGUUAACUGGUGCCUCACCAUCAAAACAACCUAAACAAUUGUUGCACUAA